CAUAGACAAAAUUAGUUUGAUACACUAUUUAAAAAUUGAUACAUAUUAGUCAACAAAAGGGGAGAUUGAGAUUUAAUAAAAUGGAAGGAGGAAGAAGAGCAGUGGUCAAUAACUACGAUCUACAACAAGUGACAUCGUCGGCGACGAUCCAAGAAAAUAUGAACUUCCUCGUUCCAUUUGAAGAAACCAACGUCUUAACUUUCUUCUCUUCUUCUUCUUCCUCUUCCCUCCCCUCUCCUUCUUUCCCCAUUCACAACUCUUCUUCUACUACUAAUACUACUCAUGCACCUCUAGGGUUUUCGAAUAAUCUUCAGGUUGGAGGACCCUUGGGAUCAAAGGUGGUCAAUGAUGAUCACGAGAAUAUUGGAGGUGGAAUGAACAAUGAUGUCCAUUCUAAUUCUUGGUGGAGAUCAAGUAGUGGCAGUGGAGAGAUGAGGAGCAAAGUUAAGACAAGGAGGAAACUAAGAGAGCCAAGAUUCUGUUUCCAGACAAAAAGCGAUGUCGAUGUUCUCGCCGAUGGAUACAAAUGGCGUAAAUACGGUCAGAAAGUCGUCAAGAACAGCCUUCACCCGAGGAGUUAUUACAGAUGCACACACAACAACUGUAGGGUGAAGAAGAGAGUGGAGCGACUGUCGGAAGAUUGUAGAAUGGUGAUUACUACUUACGAAGGUCGUCACAACCACAUUCCCUCUGAUGACUCCACCUCUCCUGACCACGAUUAUCUCUCUUCCUUUUAAUUUCUCUCCCUGAAUAUAUAUAGAAGAUUUUAUAUAUAUACAUAUAUAUGCGCAUAUAGAUGUGUGAUAUGUUGCACGUGUUUAUUAUUUGGGUCAAAUUGCAUGUGUGAGUUUCAAGAAUAUAUCAUCAGAUGUUUUAU